UCCAUCAUAGAGAGGAGAACAAUCCAAAGCCGCAGCAGUUUCGCAGUUUCUGUCCUCCUCUCUCUCUCUCUCUCUCUGAAGUCAGUGACUCGGUGCUUGUGAAACAGAAGGUUUCGGUCUCAUCAGUUUCGGAUUGAUAUCUAAAGGUCUUCGGAAACCAUGGCUGGCCCUUCUUCUCCUUGGCAUAAACUUCUCAUUCCUUCUCGUUUCCACUUCAUUCGGCGCUUUUCUUCUUCUUCGUCUUCUUCUUCCGGUGGUCUCGGAGCUUUCGAUUCCCCUCCUGUUGUUCAUUCUCGGAGAGUGGUUGUUACCGGUUUAGGCAUGGUGACUCCGCUUGGAUGUGGAGUGGAAACUACGUGGAAGAAUCUGGUAGAGGGGGGUUGUGGAAUAAGGGCAAUAACACCUGAAGACAUCAAGAUGAAUUCAUUUGAUAGGGAGACCCAGCUGCAUACAUUUGAUCAGCUGACAUCGAAAGUUGCCGCAAUCGUGCCUUGUGGAAGUAACCCGGGUGAAUUCAUUGAGGAUUUGUGGCUUAAUCCUAAGGAGCAUCGAUCAAUCGCAAGGUUUAUAGGCUAUGCACUGUGUGCUGCUGAUGAAGCCCUAAAAGAUGCAAAAUGGGUACCCUCUGAGCAGGAACAAAAGGAAAGAACGGGAGUCUCUAUUGGUGGGGGAACUGGAAGCAUCAGUGAUGUAUUGGAUGCAGCACAAAUGAUUUGUGAAAAGCGCCUUCGUCGACUUAGUCCAUUUUUCAUCCCACGAAUAUUGAUCAACAUGGCAUCUGGUCAUGUGAGCAUGAAAUAUGGAUUCCAGGGACCAAACCAUGCUGCAGUGACUGCUUGUGCCACUGGGGCACAUUCUAUUGGAGAUGCUGCAAGGAUGAUUCAAUUUGGAGAUUCGGAUGUUAUGUUGGCUGGAGGCACAGAGUCUAGCAUUGAUGCUUUAUCAAUAGCGGGAUUUUGCAGGUCAAGGGCUUUGACUACAAAGUACAAUUCUGCCCCACAGGAAGCUUCACGACCUUUUGAUUGUGGUCGAGAUGGGUUUGUGAUAGGAGAAGGAUCUGGAGUCUUGGUGUUGGAAGAACUUGAGCAUGCAAAAAAGCGAGGAGCAAAAAUUUAUGCAGAGCUUCGUGGCUAUGGGAUGUCAGGUGAUGCAUAUCACAUAACACAACCGCAUACUGAUGGAAGAGGUGCCAUUCUAGCCAUGAAUCGUGCCUUAAGACAGUCCGGUCUUCAUCCUAAUCAAGUUGAUUAUUUAAAUGCCCAUGCUACAUCUACACCUUUAGGUGAUGCGGUUGAAGCCACUGCUAUCAAGACCAUAUUCUCAGAACAUGCAGGAUCAGGUUAUUUGGCCAUAUCCUCCACAAAGGGUGCCAUAGGUCAUCUCCUUGGAGCAGCUGGAGCUGUUGAAGCGAUUUUUGCAGUUUUAGCCAUACACCAUGGAAUGGCACCAUUAACUCUUAAUCUUACUAAACCAGAUCCCAUAUUUAAUGAUGCUUUCAUGCCUUUGACUUCUUCAAAGAAAAUGCCAAUUAGAGCAGCAUUGUCAAACUCUUUUGGCUUUGGAGGAACAAAUGCAUCUCUGCUGUUCACUUCCGCAACAUAGAACAACUUCAAACGUGUCUUUCUCCAAAUGCAUCCACACUUUCAGAAAUUACCCAAGGGUUAUCAUGGCAGAGGUUUUCUUUUUCAGUAAGAUUUUUGUGUCUCCCUUGACUUGUUACUGUUAUUCUGUUCUAUACGGUUCACAUUUAGGAACCUGUAGUGAUUUUGUAAUGCCGAUUGGUCUAGCUUGGUUGUAAACUUGUAUGGCCUGGAUGGGUUUGCAGAGAGAAGUAUUAAUUCUGGCAUUUUGAGAUACACCAAUAGAGACUAGAGAGAGGGAGGGGGGGACCUUAAUAAACAUGUUGUUUUUUAGUUCCCUGAGAAGUAGGGGAUCCAAAGCCGACCAAUUAUCAAUGUGACAUUCAGAAAUUUUUCCA